CAAGAUGCGGCUGCUGGGGUUCCGGGGGGCUCAGGUGAAGCCCCUGAACGAGGAGGCGGCGGCCGAGCUGGGGGCGGAGCUGCUGGGCGAGGCGCUGGUGUUCGGCGUGGGCGGGCUCUGCCUCUACCUGGAGUACCUGCGGCAGGCGGGGCAGAGCCGGCGGCGCGAGGAGCACCUGGAGCAGACCCUGAGCGACCUCCGGAGCGGGCUGCAGCGGCUGGAGGCGGAGCUGGAGCGGCUGAGGGGGCGGGGCCACGGCCGGGAGGGGGAGG